CCCAGUUUUGUUCGCUUACUUUCCUUUUCCAACAAACAAAUACUAGUAAUAUAGUUUAGAGCUAGGGAAAAAAGGUCUCAACUUUCUCGAGGAGGAAGAAUCGGAGAGUCAAUUGAGAAUCUGGAACGUUCCUAAUUGAGAGUCUUAACCUCUAUCUGGGUUUGCAUUUUUCAAAGUCAAUUGGCAUUUGCUGCGAUACGAAUGUGCAAAGUCUUUUUCUUAAAAAAAUCAUCUAGUUGCCGUUUGGUGCAUUACAGAGAAUCUCUCCUUAUUGGUUGGUCACAAAGCAAUAAUUUUCGUCUUGCAAAAACCUCAGUUUGUUGGGCUCUCACUUUCUCUUGAGCUAAUCUGUUCCGAUUUGAUCUUCCUUGUCCUCUGUUUGACUUCACUUGAAGCAACCUCCUUUUUUCUUUCUCUCCUUUAUGUCCUCCUGAUGGAUGGAUUGUCGUCUUCGGUGGUGUCGUCGAUUACGCGAUUCAGUUCUGAUCCAGCCAGAUCAUUCUCAUGGGGUUUUGGGGUUUUGAUGAUAUGAAGAAGCGGGCUAAUUUGGAAUUAGGGUUCCUGGGGUUACGUCUUCUCUUCUGCUUGUCGAUUUGGUUUGCGGUUUCUCAACAAGCGCACGGUCUGAGACCCAUUAGGGACACCGCUCGAUCCUGGGGCGACGAGUGGCUUUUUGGCAGAAAAGAAAAAAGUGGAGCUGGACCAUUUUCCGCGUGGAAUAUAACAGGAACAUAUAGAGGCACCUGGAAAUUUCUUGAUACCGUAAAUAGCUCCUCAAAGUUCCCUGACUUCCGAAAAGAAAAUGGUAACUCUGUCAUCGAGUUAGUGACAAGUCCAACAAAGAUUACUGGUGUGCAUUAUGUUCAGGGUGCAGUUGUUUUCCAUGACGUAUUUGACAAUGAACACAAUGUGGGUGGUGCCCAAAUUAAGGUGGAAGGUGUAUAUAUUUGGCCCUUUAGGCAGCUUCGUCUUGUUGCUAACAGCGGAAAGAAGGGUGAUUCAGGACUAGAAGACGAUUAUCUUCUCUCCAACCCCUAUCAUCUGCUCGGAAUUUUUUCGUCUCAAGUGUUUCAAGAAUCUCCAAGAGACGGAACAUCGAAACAGAAGACUUCUCCAAUAUAUGAGAUGGAGAAGCACUGUAAUAUCGAAAUAGCAGCCCAGAUAUCCCGAACCGCUUCUAGUGAAAAUAAUGGGGACAAAGAUUAUUAUCAUAUCGAAGGAUUGAUGGAAAGUCCUGCAGUAGAUGAUGACGGAGAAUGUUUCUCGCCCUUGUUGCUGAAUGCAACCUCCAUAAACGUUGAAGUCUACUAUAACAAAGCUGUGAACUAUACAUUGAUGGUCACUUUUGUCUCGUUCCUCCAGGUUCUUUUGUUGAUCCGGCAAAUGGAGCACAGUAACACACAAUCCGGCGCUGCAAAGGUCUCUAUUGUAAUGAUCGGGCAGCAAGCCAUCAUGGAUUCUUAUUUAUGCCUUUUACAUCUCACAGCCGGGAUUUUAGUUGAAUCACUGUUUAACGCUUUUGCAACAGCUGCGUUCUUCAAGUUUGUAGUGUUUUCGAUAUUUGAGAUGAGAUAUCUUUUGGCCAUAUGGAAAGCAACGCGUCCUUCAAACAGCGGUGAGGGAUGGGAGACAAUGAGGCGUGAGCUCUCCUUUCUGUACAGCCGCUUCUAUGGAAUCCUUCUUGGAGGCAUAUUGAUAAUGUAUGAGCUCCACAACUACAUGCGGCCGAUCCUCCUCCUCAUGUACUCAUUUUGGAUUCCGCAGAUAGUUGCAAACGUUGUUCGUGACUCUAGAAAGCCUCUGCAUCCGUAUUAUAUACUUGGGAUGACGGUCACACGGGUUGCUAUACCGUUGUAUGUUUUUGGAUGCCCCAAGAACUUCAUGCGCGUGGAGCCCAGCAAGGCCUGGUGUAUAGGCCUGUGCACAUUCAUCGGGUUUCAAGCUGCUGUUCUUCUUCUUCAGCAUUAUUUCGGGUCGCGUUGCUUUGUUCCUCGGAAGAUGCUACCUGAGAAAUAUAGCUACUACAGAAGAUUUGAUCAUGAUGUAAACCGAAGCAGGGACUGCGUAAUCUGCAUGACCACAAUUGAUCUCAGGCACCGCAACAAUGAUUGCAUGGCAACGCCGUGUGAGCAUUUGUUCCACUCGGGAUGCUUACAGAGAUGGAUGGACAUAAAGAUGGAGUGCCCUACUUGUCGUCGCACACUUCCUCCAGCUUAAAAGUAUCUAUCUUCUCUGCUUCUUCGGUUUCCCCUAGGAACCCAUCUUAUCAACUUCACCCACAUUAAUUGCAGGUCUUGUGAAGAUAUUAGACGAAAACAGAGCAGAAAUCUGUAGAGACUGCAGAACAGACAUUUGUAUGAAUUGUGUAAUAAUCCAAUCUUUUUAGUGCACUUUCGUCGCCUCUUUAGGUCAUUCUUUCAGUAGAAUCCUUGAACAUAUACAAACAAUCAUUUUACCUUUCACAAUAUUUUUGACGUUAAACAAUUGUUUAUAUUAUCAUA